UACGCAACAAUUUCGAGUGAUAUGGCGUGCGAGAAGAGGUCUCGUUAUUGCUUACUUUUUGCGAUCCAGCUUAGGAGAUCGGCUGUCGAAACUACUUAAAUGAUUUGUUUGUGACAUUCGGAGAAUAUCUUACAGAACACGUGAAAAGUAGUAUCAAAGAUUUAAAGCACGAAAAUUUUAAUUUGGAAGACGACGAUCGUGCAUUCAGGUACAUCGAGAAAGUUCGACGGUGAAUCGCUUGGAAGAAUCGCUCGACGAAAAUCCGACUCAGACAGAAAAGAAUUGACAGAAAGAUUGGGAGUCACAAUUGGACAAGCAAUUGGGAUAAGUAGCACUGCACUGGUCUGUAUUUCUAAAUCCUCGAUACAGGAUCCGGUUAUUCCGUUUGAGAUAAUAUUCUCUGUACGUCCUGUCCAAGUCGAUUCUGCAUAAAUCUGAUUGGGGACAGUUCGCAAGAAGGAGCGUGAGCGGCAAGAGUUUCGAGGCUUAAGUCGAACAGGAAAGGGAGUGGGAUACGCAGGGCGGAUAAAUUGCAAUAUUCACUCGAGGGGAAAGAGGAUCUACUCGAGAGGGAGAGACUUUAUCGAUCGGGAUUGAAAGGUUGUGAAACACAUGUAGCAUUGUGUUCGAUUUCUUGUUCGAGAAAGAUUCUCGAGAAUACAAUCACACUCGUUGGAAAAGCUCCUUCUAAAGAAGAAUAGAAAAUUUAAAUUCCAAGUAAUGUACUAUUCACUGGUGGAAAGAAGUCUUAUGUGAUUAGUUAAUAUGGAAGGAAAUCCAAUAUUUCUAUUUUCACGAAUCCAAAACGACGAUCUAAAUCUCGAUGCAUUAGCGUAUAGAAAUAGAAUUCAUUUUAACGACAAUAUAUAAUAUAAAAUGUAUAGUUAUAAUUUGUAACGAUAAUUUAAUUUAUAAAUGUAAUUAUGUACACACUAUAUUUCAAAAAUAUUUCAAUCUUAGAUAAUUAUCCUAAUAUAAAUUCAUAAAUGAAAAUAACUUUUACGAUUUUGAAUAUUUAAAAUAUUUAUAUCUUUCACUACUAAUGUAUAAGCUUGUGGUGUCAGAAUUGUCAACAAAACGUUUGAAGGACUUUUCUUGUCGUCCUGCGAGACUUUUUCAGCAGUGAAUAAUAUUGUUCACUGAAGUGGAAAGAAGACUCGCAGAAGGAACUCGGGUCUGAUUGGUUAAUGUAAAAGGAAACGCCUACUUUCACACGCAUUCUUGUUUCUACCGUGGUAUUUGUCACAUAUACUAAUCCAGAACAACUGUAUUUAAACCUCGAUACGUUACAUAGGCAUAGAAGUAGUAGUCCAUAUAGUAUAGUAUUUUAUGUAUCGAUUAUAAUAUUAAAAUUUUUUUAUUUUUCAUCAAUAUGCGUAGGCUAAUUAUGAUUUGAUUGUACAGUUUAAUUUACAAAUAUAAUUUCGUAUUCAAGUAUACGAAUAAGCUAGAUAUACUAUAGAUAGUUUCAAAAAUAUUUCAAUCUUGUAUGAUUAUUCUAAUACGUAACUUCAUGAAAAUGAAAUUAAUUUUUAUAAUUUUUGAAUAUUCAAAUUAUAGCUUUUCCACUACUAGGAUUGUCAACAAAGUGUUUGAAGGACUUUUCUUGCCGUACUGCUGAGUUUUUUUUCAGCAGUGAAUAAAUAUUGUGAUGGAAAGAAGUCUCGUGGAAGAAACGCAGGUUUGAUUGGUUAACGCGGAACGUAGUUAAGAUAAUAAUUUAUAAAGUACGUUUACGAAUAACCUAGAUACAUCGUACAUAACUUCCAAAAUAUUUCAGCUUCCAGUCUUGGAUGAUUAUACACGUAAUUUCUAUAUACUACUACGUAAUUUCAUGAAAAUGAAAUUAAUUUUUAUGAUUUUGAAUAUUCAAAUUAUAGUUCUUGUAUUGCUAUGUCAACAAAGCGUUUGAAGUGGAGAUAGGCAGUCCUAAGGAAGAAUCCCUCUUGCCGUCCCGCGAGACUUCUUUCCACCAAUGCACAGUACUUUGUACUUCACUCGUCUCGUCUGCUUUUAACAGCUUCAUUUGUGAAAAUCAAAAAUUUUCAUUUUUCUUUCUCCUUGAAAUACCGCGUUUGGUUGUUGUUCCCUGUUGGAUUAAAAUGUUUCUUAAAUAUUCAUUUGCUUUAAAACAAAAUUAUCUUCAAAGAAAAAAAAAAAAUAAAUGAAUAAAAAUAGAGAAAACGAUGCGUUUCUGCAUCUUUUUCCCUGGAUGUUAAUGCUUAAUUUUUAUUUACUCGGGUAAUGUCGACUCGAUUCUCGAAGUGCAAAAUGUUAGGUAUUUUUAGAUGCUUGAAAAUUCGUAUACACAUACUUACGUUCUAUUUGAUGUUCUCGCGGUGGGAUCUUUUUCUCUUGGUAAACGGGAACGAUUUAAUUUCAACGAAAGAAAUUCUCUUCUUUCUUGCAUUCUCCUUCAUUUUUAAAUCGAAUCUUCGUAAUUUAUUUUCUCUACCUCUUUCAAAUUUUACUACAUCUCGCGUUUCUCUUUGAAGAAUAUUAAGUCUAUCAUCUUCUUGAAAUAUAUUCGAAGGAUUGAACAAUCCUUAAAUUAUAUUUUCUCCGAAGAUUAAUUAUUAUUUAUGCUUUUUUGAAAAGUAAAGAUUUAAAAAAUCAAUUGAUCGAAUAAUUAUUUAUCAGUGAUUCGAUUCUUGGAUUAAGUAAAGAGAUUUUUAAACUAUCUAACUUUCAGAUUGAGAAUGUAACUUACACUAAUUGAUUGCCGAAUCUUUUGUUUAUCGUGAUGUAAUGUUAAAAGUUGCUCUGUAUUCUUACCUCUAUUCUUACCAAUAUUCUCAGAUUUAUGUUUACAAGAUACACAAUACUUCCAACUUUUAUAUAUGAAAGGUAAAGAAAAAUUGAUUUCUAUCUUCGUGAAAAACGUUUUAAAAACAUUCGCGAAAGGUUUAUCGCAACAAUCGCAGAUUUAUCGCGGACCAGUGAUCAGAUAAAUUUCCAUCUCGAAUUUAUCGCAAUGGUAAAUCUUGCGAGAAUAUUUGAAAAUGUUAUAUUUCGAAAUUUGAUUUAAAAUCGAUCUUUCAAACGUUGGAUUGUGAAUUCAAAAGAAGAGAAAGAGCUUUUUCGAAUAUUUCGAAAAUUCGAGAUCGAUCUUCCAAAUGCUGAAAUUCGAAAAUGGAAGGAAGAGGAAAAAUUUGAAAAAAAGAAUGUUCGAAAAUAUUACAUUUCAAAAUUCGAUUUAAAAUUCAAAUUCUCGAUUCUGAAUUUAAAAGUGCGGAAAAGAAACAGCAUUUUUUCGAACAUCUGAAUUUUAAAUUCGAACGUGCGGAAGAGGAGAAAAGAAAUGGCGGGAAUUUCGAGACGUUCGAAGACAUUAUAUUGACUCGAUCUUCCAAAAUUUGAUUCUCCUUUAAAUUUGAAAGAGGAGAGACUUUCGAAGAUGCUACAUGUUUGAAAAUUGGCUCGAGAUGGAAAGUCUUUCGAAAAAGUGGAAGAAAAAAGGGAGUGAAAGGUGGAAGUUUGAGAGGAAAUUCGAGUAUUGUGUCGAUCCAAUUGGACAAAUUUGACCCGAAAUAACGUUGCCUUAGAGAUUAAGAAGAGAAGAUUCAAAGCGUAUUGACCGCCUUCGGCCUCAAAGCGAGCUGGGGAUCUCGAAUUAUUGGAGCAGACUUUUUGCACAGUCUUUUUGCAUCGUCUUUGCCGAAUGUGUGAAAGAGGUGGAGAAUCCCAUUAUGGGAUUGUACAAGAAGAGUUGAAAAGAAAAGGUAAAAAAAAAAAGAAAAGGAUCACGUAAAAUUCUAAUAGUAAACAAAAAUUUAUCUUUAAUCUUCCUGAUUGACCGUGAAAAAAAAAGUUGGUCUCCGUUUAAUCAGUUGUCGAUAGUUUUUUUUGUCUUAUAUUUUCAUUCCACCGUAAAAGAUCCAUAUUUAAUGCAACGAAUUUUAAAGUUGAUCGUGAUUUCGAAUAUUGCUUUUCCUUUUUAAUUUUUGGCAAAAGAUUAUUCCAACUAUCCACAUUUUCCAGCCUUUUAUUUUAAUUGGAUGAACUAUAUAUUUCCAGAGUGUCCUUUUUUUUUAUGUUUUUUAAUUGGAAGAACGUUUUUUUUUUUUUUUUUUUUUUUUUUUUUUGUAUCCAUUUUACGUAUUUUAAUUGGAUGGAGAGUUUUUUUUAUCAGCUUUCUUUUAAUUGAAAGAAUCUUUUUGCGGGUGUUUUUUUAAACAGUAUUUUAUAUGCUUUCAUAAAUAUGGAAUGGGAAAGUGAUUAAAAAUAUUUGGAAAAUGUAAAAAAAAAAAGGGAAAGAAUUCUUCCUAAGUCGAAAAGUUGAAAAAGUCGUAUUCUAUACGCAAAAAAUUCCAAUCCUGUACGUUAAAAUUCACGUAAAAUCCGCCAUUUUUUUUCACAUAUCCUGUAUUCCAAGGACUAGUAAAAAUUUUCGAUAAAAAAAUUUCUUAAAGUGAUAAGUAUUAAAAAUAUUUAGGAGAAAAGAGUUCUUGGUAAAUUGAAAAAAUCGAAAAAAAAAAUAGUAUUCUUCGCACACGAAACGAAAUGGAAUAGAAUUUCAACUCUAUACGUUAAAAUGUACCCAAAAUUCUCGCCACUCUUUUUAUACAUAUAUACGAAUAUUUCUGUAUUUUAAUAAAGAAUAUAUAUUCGUAAAAAUGAUAAGUAUUAAAAAUAUUUGGGAGGAAAGAGGGAAGAACCGAUUCUAAAUUGACUAAAAUCGAAAAAUUGACAUUCUUCGCAUACGAAAUGAAACGAAACGCCCGCCAUUCUUUUUUUUUUUACACGUUUUCUGAAUCUCCAUAUCCUGACAUCUGGCAUAAAGAAUAGCAUUCUAGGCCCUUCCUAAAAGUAUAUUUUCGAAGGAGAGAUGUAAAAGAAAAUGAAAAAUAUCGAUCGGCGGCGGCCGUGAUCUACGCGUUAUCUCAAGAUAGUCGAGGAGUCAUGGAGGAGUCAUGGCGCGCGACGUAUUGGAGCGAGCAGAGACGCGAGUGCACGUCUCUUCUUGAAUAUCGAAAGUCGUUGGCUCGCGCACAGUCGGUUCGAUUCGAUUCUCUUCCCCUCCCGUUCUUUCUUUUCGUUCGUGAUAAUAAUAAUAAAUAUAAGACCUCGAUCUCCUCAGUCGGUCGAUCGAGGAUGAGAAUGAUGUAUCUCGGUAUAUCGGUAUCUGUCGGAUUCGAAGCGCGCGUACAAAAUCACUUGGAAUUUACAAUUCUUUUCCCCUCCUCUAUUGCAUGGAAUGGCAUAACACGAGGCUAACGAGAAACGAUGGAAAAAGAAAGAGAGAGAGAAAGAGAAUAGUAGUCGGUAGUAGUUGGUCGUUGUUCAUAAAAACAAUUCUGAUUGAUUCUGAAAAUAUUUAAUACGAAAAUUUCCAUAUUUCUCUCUCUGUCUCACACACACACACACACACUCACUCACUCUUUUUUUCUAUUGGAUAAAUAUCGGAGGAUAGUUAGGCGAGAGGAAUGGCACUCACGUAUCUGGAUAUAUUAUUAGAGUAUCGAGUGAGCGUGCAAACAAGCGAGACGCGUUCGAUAUCUCGUUUCAUUUUUAAUCACUUCCGCCUAUGCACACGCGGCACGAAAUCAUUCGAAAGAUAAAUGAAUUUUUCGGUACGGCAAAUUCGAUUAUAUAUACGACCUCGUGAAACGAUAUCUUGGUGAAAUAUUGAUUCGUCCGUAUGGAAAGGAAUGAUUCUGUUUAUCCAGAAUUAUUUCCGCGCGGGAUAUUAAUUCUCGAUCGAUAAUCUGCUCGAUUCUGUUCCAUCCUGUGUCGAGAAAAUAUUGAAACGAAUACGUCCCGGUGACAUUAAAGAGUAACAGGUGCCGUCGAGAUCAUUUCGAAAACAUUUCCUUUAAACGUCGCUUCCCUCGACGAAUUCUUCAAAUUGGAAUGUCGUUUAAAUCCAGCGUCUGGUUUCUUCGAUGGAAUAACAAUGGCGGCAAAACCGCGCAAGAAUCGCCCGCCGCCAUCAUUUAUCGUUCGUGGACGGUGGAGGAAACGAAGACCGUAAAACCAACGAUGUCCGUACCGUGUUACGAUCGCAAUUUCACUGAUCAUUAACUCUUCGUUCUCUUUGGUCGAGGUAACCGUCCAAUAGCGGUGCUCCCAGGCGUUUACACGUCGACCCAGCCUACGUGCUAGAACUGAAGGGUCCGGGGAGCACGAAGGCGAGAAGAAAUGAGUUGGACGUGACACAAUGACAUGAUGAAGAGCCUGGUGGGGAUCAUGUGGAUAGUGUUGGUGCUCAUAUCAGGAUGCUCGGGAAAUCCGGACGCGAAGCGGCUGUACGACGACCUCCUGUCGAAUUACAACAAGCUGGUUCGUCCAGUGGUCAACGUCACAGACGCCCUCACCGUUAAAAUCAAGCUCAAACUCUCUCAGUUGAUCGACGUAAAUCUGAAAAAUCAAAUCAUGACAACGAACCUCUGGGUAGAACAGUCAUGGUACGAUUACAAGUUAAAAUGGGAUCCAAAGGAAUAUGGUGGGGUGGAAAUGCUGCACGUGCCAUCCGAUCAUAUAUGGAGGCCCGAUAUAGUUUUGUACAACAACGCCGACGGUAAUUUCGAGGUAACGCUGGCAACGAAGGCGACGCUGAAUUACACAGGGAGGGUCGAAUGGAAGCCACCGGCCAUAUACAAAUCCUCUUGCGAGAUCGACGUAGAAUACUUUCCGUUCGACGAGCAAACGUGCGUCAUGAAGUUUGGCUCGUGGACUUACGACGGCUUCCAGGUUGAUCUUCGACACAUCGACGAAAUUCGUGGCAGCAAUGUCGUCGACAUCGGCGUUGAUCUGUCCGAGUUUUAUACUUCCGUCGAGUGGGACAUCCUCGAAGUCCCAGCCGUGCGAAAUGAAAAAUUUUACACGUGUUGUGACGAGCCCUACCUCGACAUCACGUUCAACAUCACCAUGAGACGGAAGACUCUGUUUUACACCGUCAAUCUUAUAAUACCGUGUAUGGGUAUCUCGUUCCUCACGGUAUUGGUCUUCUAUCUGCCAAGCGACAGUGGCGAGAAGGUCAGCCUAUCAAUUUCAAUUUUACUGUCGCUGACUGUGUUCUUCCUUCUGCUGGCCGAAAUUAUCCCGCCCACAUCGCUCGUAGUACCGCUUCUUGGUAAAUUCGUCCUUUUCACCAUGAUCCUAGACACCUUCAGUAUAUGCGUAACCGUGGUAGUCCUCAAUGUUCACUUCCGGUCGCCACAGACACACGUGAUGGCACCAUGGGUCCGUCGUGUUUUUAUUCAUGUUCUGCCAAGACUACUGGUGAUGCGCAGGUAUAAUACGCCUUCGAAGAGAUCCGAUUAUGAUUCCAGGCCGCAAUACCAGAUAGAUAAACGUAGCAUGGGUAGUCAUCAUGGUCAACGAGUAAUGGUCAGAACGUGCAAUGGUCUCGAAUUGCGGGAUCCGUCACUUUUUGUAGAGACUUCAGCCUCGGAGCUGGUUGAAUCUUCCGUUUUGUUUCCGAGUCUCGAUUCGCGGGACGAAUUACAUCCUCGGGAAUUAGAAGCUGUGAAUUUAGGAAGUGCGUGUCGCAUUCACGGUUCACCAGCGACCACGGCUGCUCCUCCACCGCAACUGCCGACUGAGGAGAGCGUGGACGCUCUCUGUAACACUCUUCAUCAUUGGCAUCACUGCCCAGAAAUAUAUAAAGCUAUCGAAGGCAUUCGUUUCAUUGCUGAUCAUACGAAAAGAGAAGAGGAUUCUACCAGAGUCAAGGAAGAUUGGAAAUAUGUCGCGAUGGUGCUUGACAGGCUAUUCCUCUGGAUUUUUACAUUAGCCGUAGUCGUCGGUACGGCAGGAAUCAUCCUGCAGGCACCAACGCUUUACGACGAUCGCAUUCCCAUUGACGUACGACUGUCCGAGAUCGCUUCCACCACUGCCAAGCCACACAUCGUUACGAGCCUCUGAAAAACAAUUGUUCAAUUUCGUUAUUCUUCACGUACAACGCAUGCUCACAUACACAUACAUGCGUUUAUACACAUAUACUACAUACAUAUACAUACAUACAUAUAUGUGUGUGUGUAUAUAUAUAUAUAUAUACACACACACACACACACAAUGUAUUACGCAACACGUAAGAACAAAUACGAAAUGCGUUCACGUUGACCAGGGACUCUAUAAAGAAUACCCAUAUACUAUCAAUCAUUUUGAUAGUAUUUAUAAAUUGUACAGAAAGUCUGUUAGCGUUAAUUGACAUUGAUGACUUACACUGAUCGUCAUUUUGCUAGAUCCGAAACGGCUGAUACGUUAAAGUAUUUCUAAUACUAUUAAAGAUACUUCUACUUCUAUCGCUUUAAUCUCGAUUCAUUAUUGGUAUCGGAUAUUAAAGUCAGUUAUUUGAUUCUCAUAAGAAUUACAAUUCUUUUUUUUAAAUUGAUUGAUUUGUAAUACAAGAAUGAUAAAUAUACAUUGGAAUAGACAUUAGUAGAUGUGUCCAAAUAUUUUUAGAUUUUAUUCAAAUUUAAGAAAUUCUAAUAUUCUUGCGAAUACUAUUGAAAUAGAGGUUUUACGUCCCUGGUAUAAACGACUGAAAGACUGAAGCCUCGGUGAGUCUUCGACUUUUCGCGUGAAUUAUAUGACUAAUGGCCAAUUAACUGCUGUUUGCCCGCUCGAGGCGAGGAUUCUCAAAGCAUACGCACACAAGCGGUCAUACAUAGGAAUAAAACUAACAAAAAUGAAUGAAAAUUAGAUGAAACGGAACUGGAAUAAAUGUAAUUAAACAUAUUUUUUGACCUUGAUUGCAAUCUUUGAAAAUCAUAUUUCUAAAUAAUUAUGAUAUAUUUCUUUUGUUUUCACAUAAAAGAUUAAAAUUCGAAUUGUAAUGGUCAAGAAAUAUGUUUCUGCAUAAAAGUUGAAAGCAAACGACUUUUGACUCGUGAUUUUAUUGUUAAUAUUACAAAACGAACGAAAGAUAGAAUGAUCAGGUUGUCAAAAUAUGUACACAAUAUAGAAUUAAUACGGAGAGACUUAAAGAAGGUUCGAUUUUAUGCCAGUUGCAUUCACGGUAUAGUUGUGAUUCUUUAAAAAAAUAAAUCGAUAAACAUAUUAUAUUAGAUGUUACUAUUUCAAGGGUGAUUGAAUUAAAUAAUAGAUAUAAAAAACUAAAAAUGUAAUAUUUAUUUGUUGUUUAUAAAUGUUUAAAGUAACACUAAUGUUCCAUUAACUUGAAAAAAAAAUCUCAAAGAACACUAUUUUGUAAUUAUAUCGCAUUAAAGUGUUCUCAUAUGUUAUUAAAUACGAAGAACAAAAAUUAUAAAAAAACAUGGGACCGAAGUGUUAUAUUUUACACAAUGUAGUUUCAAAUUGAAAUGAGCUUUAAAAUAAAGAUCAACGAUAAAUUAAAGCAAUUAUAAAAAUUAUAUAAAAAGGAUCACAAUCAUUGACAUGUAUAUGGCAUGGAAUUCGAUAAAGCCUGUUGCAGACUCAGGAAGGAAGAGAACAAUUUCUAAAGUUUACAUCGAGCCUGUAACAAUGGGGCCAUAUUUUCACAAAAUAAAAAAAAACAAGGAAAAGAAUAGAGAAUGAAAUCGCGUGUCUCUCUAGGUGUGAAGUUGUAAAUUCUAAAUAUUUGCAUCCAUAUAAAGCGCGCAAAGUGGCGAUAAGAAAAGAAAUAAGAAAAAAAGAAGUGUUGGGCCUAAGAAAGUUUCACUGACUCAACUUUUAUUGCUCAUAAUACGUAAUAUGUUUGUAAUAAGAUACACUUUCGUAAUUACGUUCGUUCCAGACCACCGACGAACUGUGAAAUGUUUAUUACACAUAUUAACAUGGCGUGCAUGAAGGGACAAGAAAACAAGAUGAAAUGCACGAAGAAAAAUGAAAACGUUGCAACUGUUUAUUAUUGCAAUCGCGUUCUGAAUAAUUUACUGUCUUCCUAAACUACGAAAUUAAUGACUUACUUUUGAUGAGCAACAGUCAUAUGUUUGCGAUUUACUGUUGUUCCAGCCCAAUAAACUUGCAAAAAAUAAAAUAAAAAAAAUUAUAAAAACAAGAAAAUAAGUAGAGCCUGAUUGGUAAAAUUAUUGUUAAUUAAGUAUAUAUGAAGAAUAUCCAGAAUUUUAUGUCUUAAGAGUGAAGCUUAAAAAUUCUUUCGACAAAAAUUCUUUUUUGAUCGCUGAUCGUAGAUUUUUUAACUUAGUCCUACCAUUCGGCUUAUCGUCUGUAUCACGACGAACCACUAAUGCCUGCCAGUAGUCAACAAGAAUACAUUGAAAAGGAAAAACAUUUUGACAAUUUUGUAUGCACUACUCCGAAGAAAUCUAAUCAAUGAAUUAUUCAAUAAUAUAAAUUCAUCCAGUAAAUUUUAUCAUUAUUGUGAUUUAUAAUAAAACAUUUCUUUCAAAAACGGUGAAGAUAAGAAGAAAACAAUUUCAAGGAAAUAAAAAAAAUUAAAAUUAUCGCUGGCUGGCGUGGUCAUGACAUUAAUAUGGAUUUUACAUAUGGAUCUUAUGUUUAUUAAUAUUUUUUUAUUUUAAUUUUUUGUCGUUUGAGAGAGUGCGUGAAAGAUAUCUGUGUGAAUGAAGAAUAAUAAUGAAACAAAAAAAAAAAAAUAAAAAUAAAAAGUAGAAAAAAAAAGAAAAGAGAAACUGAUUAUAUGUUAUUACGAGGAAAUAAGCGCAGUGAUAGUUACUCAACGUAAGUUACAAACAAUUUAAUUAUAUAUAUGUAUAUGUGUGUGUAUAUGUAUAUAUAUAUAUAUAUGUAGGUGUAUAUGUAUAUAUAUGUAUACAUUAUGUGUAUAUAUAUAUAUAUAUAAAUAUUAUAAAUAAUCAUUACCACACACGAUAAAAGUAAUAUGGCAAGAUAUUUUGUGAGUGUGUCUAUAAGCUCGAUUAUAAAACUUACGUAAAUUAAGCAGAGUUUGUCUUCAUUUACGAGAUUGAAAAUGUUGUUCCAAUAGAGGAAAAGAUUUUAUAAAUGGUGUGUUGAACUUUUAACGGUCGUCAUUCACAUGAAAUGGCCUUAUUCAGCACUCGGACUCACAACGCAUUCAGGGAGAGAAGUGUUGCUAUAUUAAAUGUAGUUUUACUCAUCGGAUUAUGCAUAAGGCAUAAUUAAUCAACCUAUGGUUAAAUAUUUUAUCAUCGAUUCGAUUAUGCAUUUUCACUUUAUAUGUGAUUUUCAUUUGUUAAUACAAUAAGAUAUACAUUGUUUGAAUGAACUUUAAAAAAUGCGACGAACAUGAUUUUUAAUCACAAACGAGAUUAUUUAGAUACAUUAUUGUUCAAAGAAUUAAAUAUUUAUAUAAUUUUUUUCAAAAAAUAUUUUUUGUAAAUAUUUCUUGAAAUGUUACAAUAAUAUAAUGUUACAAUGCAUUGAGAUAUUUCAAGAUAAGUGUCAAAUGAAGCAGUUAUAAAAAGGUAUAAAUUUAGUUUUUUACUUUUUUACAUUUUUUGUACUUUUUUUAGUAGAAUCUCAUAACUUUAUUUUAUAAAAGAAAAUUUAAUAAAUCCAAAAAAAUUAUUUUUAAACAAUCUAAGGUCAUAAGAGAAAAUAAGAGAAAUAAUGUGUUUAAGAAAUUAAGAAUGUAACUUUGAAAAUAUCUUGUAAAUAAAGUAUCAAAUAAUAAUGUCAAAAUUCUUACAAUUUAUAUCUUUCUGAAUUUUUGACUUGAAUAAUAUACCAUUAUUUAUAUAUAAGUGACCUUAGAUUCUAAAUAAAAUAUCAUGUUAUAAUUAGUAGCUAUUUCAUGUGACACUUAAUUUGAGUCAUCUUAUCUAAUAUCUAUUUGCAAACAAAAUUAUAAUUCUUUUAUUACAUUAACAAAGAUAUAUUUACACAUUUACAAAAACAUAGAAACUAUGAUAUUUCUCAUCAGACAUUGAUAUAAAAAUAAGAUCGCUUGAAUUAUUUUAUCAUUAAUUGUUGUCAAGUCAAAAAAAAAAGAAUGUAUUAUGCAUUUGUAUAAUACAACAUUUUAUGUAUAAGUUUCUAAACUAAAUAUUUUAACAAUUUUUAGAAAUUGAUAUUAACGAGGCAUAUGAUGCUGCUGCCAUACUGAAUAGGAUUUUAUUCAAACAUUCGUUUAUAAUAUUUUUCAUUAAAUUGUAUAACAUCGUGGAACAAUUCAGCCUAAAUACAUGUACUAUAUUUUAUUGACACAGUCCAAAAUGAUCAGAAAUAAAACUUUAUAUAUCUAGGAACAAUGUGUCAUUUGUUUAAUUUUUCUUUAGUAAAAUUAUAUAGUAAAAUAUUAGCAUGAAUACAUACAAUUUUAUUUAGAUUAUAUAUUUAACUUAUUGCAAUUUGUUUUAAACAUAUAUUUAAUAAUUUUUUUUUAAUUCUUUAUUUUACAAUUUUAAUUUUAAAUAAAAAUUGUAUAAACAAUGAUUAUUAUUUUCUAUUUUCUAAUUAAAGAAAUAAUAAGCUAAACAAUAAUAAAUUUUAUAUUUUGUAUAUAAAUAUCAAGUUGAAAAUUUUUUACUUCCCAAAUUUUUAUCAAUUUUCUAUUAUUUAAAUCUAUAUAUGUAAAAAUUAUACAUUUUUUUUUUGAUUUAAAAAAAAAACAACAAAAUAUUAUUUUAAAUAUUUACUUUAUGCUAAAUAUAAUAUUAAAAUUUAAUUUGUUUUGCAAUCGUAAGUUUCUUUUAUAUAUAAUACUAUACUGUAAAAUUCACAUUUCAUAAAAGUAAAGACAAUAUUAUUUUGUAUAAUCAGUAUUAAAAUUAUCAUUAUUAAAAAUAUUACUUUUUGUAGAUUUUAUUUCUGCAGCUUAAUAUUUAAAAAAUAAAUAAUAAAUAAUUUUAAAAGACAUUUCAUCAUUAUCAUUUCUAAAUCGAGGAUUUGUUAAAUAAACAUUUAAUAAGUAUGAAAUAUUGUUUUUAAAUAUUCAUCUUUAUAUUACAUCUUUAUUUGCAUAUUUUGCAAAUAUUGCUAGCAUUAAAAUAUUUGGUUAAUUGCAUAAAAUUUUAAAAGAAGACAUAAUAUAUAAAAAUAACAUUAUUAAUUUCACAUUUAUCAUAUUUAUAAUGAAUUUAAUAAAUAAAUAAAUAACAAAAAUUUCUAGAAAAAGGUAAAAAAAAAAGUAUAUGGAUAUAUUUAUAUGUAUAAAUAGAUAUUUGUAUAAAAUUUUUAAAUAAACUUGAUUUAAUGAAAAAUUAUAAGAGUUUGAGCAUUUUAUUUUUUUCUUUUAAUUCUUUAAUAUUUUUUAUUUAAAUUUUUUUCAUAAUUAAUUUUAAUAAAGUUUGUAAAUUUGAUUUAAAUUUAUAUUAUUCGUUUUCGAUUUUAUACUCUAUGUUAUGCUCCUUAAAUUCAUUUUUUUGUUGUUCAUUUAUCUCGUUUUUUUUCUCUAUCUGAAUUAAUUUUUUUUCUGUAACAUCAGAUAUUGAUAUACAAUCAUUUUGCUUUGCUUGACGAAUUCUUUUGAUCUUUUUUUUAAUAGCCACAGCAC